AGCCGUGCUAUGCUCAUUGCAGAAAAAGCCUUCGGUGACAAGGUAUACAAACUGAUAGCAUGCUCAGUUGAUCCCAAAGCAGUGAAAUUCAACUCUUUUGGUUCCUAUCCUACUUUGGUCUCAAGCACUUCACUGACUUUUGAUGACGUCUCGAGCGUUUUUUGCAACUUCCAAGACGUUUAAAAUAUGCUGUCACAAAAACUUUUGAAAAUUUCCAUCCUUCAACCAUACCAUGGCACCUGCAGACAAAAAGCGCCCUAGAGGCUUGAAAGGAGUAGCCGCUCAGAAAGCAGCAAAGAAGUCUAAAAUUGAGGGUGAGGAGGAUAAGACGCAGACGGUCAUUUUGGACAAGGAGGUAGAGGAAGGCGAUGAACUGGGAGAAGUCACCGCUCUGUAUGAAAGUGCCAAAGAAAAAUCAGCCAUGGGUGAAUCAACAGAUGUUGUGUUACCUCUUCUGAGAGGCACUAUUCAUGAAUGCGACAGAAUCCUACGCAACUGGGAGGCCGAGGAACAAAUCCCCGCUUCGUUCCAUCUCACAUACGGCUCUGCUUUAUACGAUCUCGGCACAAUGUUAGACAACAAAGAGCUUGAUUCGUUCUUGAACGCUGCGAAGGAGAGACUGGAAGUUGGAUUUGACACCUUGAAAGAAGUCGGUACUCUCGAAGAAUCAGAUAAGAAAACAGAAAGCAAAUUGCGAAUAGCAAUGGCUAAAUUGAUUCUUAGCAACGCACGCGAAGCGGAUGAAAAUGCCAAAGAGGUUAACAGCAGCAUAUUGAAGGGACUUGAUCAUCUCAAACAAGCAGUGUCAUCCGGACUACUUUCCGACGAUGAUAUUUUGGAGGCUAUCAAUAUUGCACAGACAAAUGCAGAUUUCCAGGAUGCAUUGCAAAACAUGCAACCUCUAAAUGACUGGGCUCAACAGCAGUAUACGAAGCUUCUCAAGGACGAUGAAGAGAAUGUCGUGGCCUUGUCUGGUAUGGGCAAUUGUCAUCUUACUUUGGCCAACUAUUGGUUGGGUAAAGUUGACACUUUGGAUGAAGAGGAAUCUGACACCAAGACUGAAUUGAAGGAAGAAGAAACCAAGGCGGCUGAGCAACUGAAGAAGGGUAAGACUGAUGCAGAAUUUGGGUGUAUUGCCACGGGUGUUUAACACAUUUGUCAAUCAGGUAUUGACUAUUACAAACGAGUGUUGUCUGUACCGGAGAUCGACUUGGAAGUCAAGGGAGAUAAUACCAUCAACCUAGCUGAAGCAUUGAUCAACCUGGCCAAUGUGACGAUAGAUGAGGAGGAGCAGCAGAAGAAAUAUCAAGAAGCUGUUACUCUUUUGUCCGAAUUCAAGGAGCAAACUGG